AUGCAUGAUCGACAGAAAUUAAGGGGCUACAGUGAAGUCGUCAGGGUGCAGUACAGAGACACCGAUGGUCCAAACAACAAUGGGCAAUCACCUGGGGAUCUGGUGUCAAAGGUCAAGGUGUGGCACGACAACUCUGGAUUAUCACCUGGGUGGUUUCUUAACAAGGUGGUGGUGCAGAAUUUAAAAACGGGUCUCCAGCAGGAGUUUCCGUUCUACCGCUGGCUAUCCAGAGGGAGGGACGACAACAGAAUAGCCAGGGAAGUGGCGAUGAAUGGGUCUGGGGACGGACAAGUGAAAAUCUGCAAGGUUCGCUUCACUACUGCUGACAAGUGGUCCGCCACAAGUUCAAGUCCCGUCAUUGUAAGUCUCGUCGGGAGUCUAGGACAGUCAGAGAGGAUUCAAGUCUUGGGAGAACUGAAGAGAGGAAGGUAUGAGCUCGAGGCUUCAUCGGUGCAAAGAGGGUCUCCAGAAUAAAUUUCAUAACCUCCUUGGGUUGGCUAUCAAAGUGACAAAGCAGAGGCCUUCUUAUUUACGUCUGUAUGCAAAGAAUCAUUCCUAACAUUGAAUUUAGGUUUAAGCCGACAGCACCAUCAUGCUACAUGUUUGUUUUACCAGGGAUACGGAAUUCACAAUUGUAACAACUAACCUCGGAGAGUUGCAAGGGGUGCACCUGAGUCUUCGUAACAAAGGUCACUGGUUGCUUGAGAGGGUUGAAGUACAUACAUGUACGCCAGGAUCUCGACCGCUAGCAACUGAACGUCUUGGCACGUGGAUUUCCAAAACUGA